AUGCAACUUAUUCACUUUCUCUUCGCCUUCCUUUUCGCUACGGCGAUGGCGCUCCCUGUCGACGAGCAGCCAUCCAACAAGCUGAAUAUGCGCGAGAAGGAUGACCGAGUGGCUAGGGCUGAUGGACGGCGAUUAAUAGGAGUAAUUGGGAAGCUUCUAUGGCGACUCUUUCUGGUCAUUGCUGUUAUGGAAAUUGCCAAAUAUGGCCGUUGA